AGGGAGGGGAGAACAGACCCGCCACUCAUUGCAACAGCGGCAGCAGCGCAGCGGCAUCGGUAGCCGUCCGGGGCAUCUGGGCAAAUAUGGUGGCUGUUCACAUUUCUCAUUCUUCCUCCUCCACCGAGUGGAUCGCUUGCCUGGAUAAAAGACCUUUGGAGCGUUCCAGUGAAGAUGUGGAUAUUAUAUUUACUCGGCUAAAAGAAGUAAAAGCUUUUGAGAAAUUUCAUCCCAAUCUUCUCCAGCAAAUAUGUCUCUGUGGCUAUUACGAAAACUUGGAAAAGGGCAUUACAUUAUUUCGUCAAGGUGAUAUUGGAACAAAUUGGUAUGCUGUAUUGACAGGAUCUUUGGAUGUUAAAGUUUCUGAUACGAGCAAUCACCAGGAUGCUGUGACAAUAUGCACCUUGGGAAUAGGGACAGCGUUUGGAGAGUCGGUCUUGGAUAACACCCCUCGUCAUGCUACUAUUGUUACCAGAGAAAACAGUGAACUCCUGCGCAUUGAGCAGAAAGAUUUCAAGGCACUUUGGGAGAAAUAUCGACAGUAUAUGUCUGGACUUCUGGCUCCUCCUUAUGGUGCUAUGGAAACUGGCUCCAACAACGAUAGGAUGCCCGACAAGGAGAAUAUGUCUAAUAGUAGCCUCUGUUCAAUAUCUAAGAGCAGCAAUAAGGUACCGUCAGAAAAAAUCCUCCGAGCUGGAAAGGUGUUACGGAAUGCUAUCCUCUCUCGUGCUCCUCACAUGAUAAGAGACCGCAAAUACCAUCUGAAGACCUACAGACAAUGCUGUGUAGGAACAGAACUGGUAGACUGGAUAAUGCAGCAGAGUUCCUGUGUUCAUUUACGGACCCAGGCUGUGGGCAUGUGGCAAGUAUUGCUGGAGGAAGGUGUUCUCAAUCAUGUGGAUCAAGAGCAAUACUUCCAGGACAAAUAUUUAUUUUAUCGAUUUUUGGAUGAUGAGCAUGAAGAUGCCCCAGUGAUGCCAACUGAGGAAGAGAAGAAGGAAUGUGAUGAAGAGUUGCAAGACACCAUCCUCCUGCUUGCUCAGAUUGGACCAGAUGCCCAUAUGAGGAUGAUUCUCAGGAAGCCACCUGGUCAGAGAACUGUGGAUGAUCUCGAAAUAAUUUAUGAAGAACUUUUGCACAUUAAAGCUUUAUCUCAUCUUUCAACAACAGUAAAACGGGAACUAGCAGGUGUUCUAGUGUUUGAAUCACAUCCCAAAGCAGGGACAGUUUUAUUUAACCAGGGAGAAGAAGGGACAUCUUGGUAUAUUAUUCUGAAGGGUUCAGUCAAUGUAGUGAUUUAUGGAAAGGGUGUGGUGUGUACUCUACAUGAAGGCGAUGAUUUUGGCAAGUUAGCAUUAGUGAAUGAUGCUCCCAGAGCAGCUUCCAUUGUUUUACGGGAAGAGAACUGCCACUUCUUGAGAGUAGAUAAAGAAGACUUUAAUAGGAUACUCCGGGAUGUUGAAGCAAACACAGUAAGACUGAAGGAACAUGACCAAGAUGUCCUGGUGUUAGAGAAGGUCCCAGCAGGAAACAGGCCUUUUAAUCAAGGAAACACACAGCCUCUUCAGCACAAAUAUAUUGUGAUGUCAGGAACUCCAGAGAAAAUUUUAGAACACUUUCUAGAAACUAUGCGUCUGGAAUCAACAUUAAGUGAAGGAAUGGAUGCUGGUGUGCAUGAUUUUGUCACAAUGCACUGCAUAUUCAUGCCAAAUAAUCAACUUUGUCCGGCUCUGGUGGCCCAUUACCAUGCUCAGCCUUCCCAAGGCACAGAGCAAGAAAAACUGGAUUAUGCGCUGAACAAUAAAAGGAGAGUCGUUCGCUUAGUUCUGCUAUGGGCUGCUUUUUAUGGCGAUGUUCUGCAAGAAGAGGAAGCAGCAGUGGCCUUUCUGGAGGAGUUUUUCGUAUCUGUAUCGGAUGAUGCAAGGGUAAUUACAGCACUCAAAGACCAACUCCCAGAGCUAGAGAAAACUAUGAAACAAAUAUCAGAAGAAGCUAAAGGACCUCAGAAAAAGCACAAAGUCCUUCUGCAGCACUUUAACAUGAGUGAUGAAAGAACACAAAAACGCCAGCCCAUCAGGGGAAGUGAUGAAAUUUUGUUCAAGGUAUACUGUGUGGAUCACACAUACACCACCAUCCGCAUUCCAGUUUUGUCAUCUGUUAAAGAAGUUCUCUGUGCAAUAACUGACAAACUAGGAUCCGGAGAUGGCUUGAUAUUGGUCAAGAUGAGUUCAGCAGGAGAAAAGGUGGUUCUCAAGCCUCAUGACGUUUCAGUGUUUACAACGCUCAGUAUUAAUGGCCGCCUCUUUGCUUGUCCUCGGGACCAGUUUGACUCACUGGUGCCACUGCAGGAACAAGAAGGCCCAGCAACAGGGACGAUGGGAACCUUUGAACUCAUGAGCUCCAAAGAUCUAGCAUACCAAAUGACCAUUUUUGAAUGGGAACUUUUCAACUGUGUUCAUGAGCUGGAACUGCUUUACCAUACAUUUGGGCGGCACAAUUUUAAAAAGACAACAGCCAAUCUGGAUUUAUUUUUGCGAAGAUUUAAUGAAAUCCAGUUCUGGGUCGUGACAGAGAUUUGUCUUUGCUCCCAGCUCAGCAAGCGCGUUCAACUCUUGAAGAAGUUUAUUAAGAUAGCGGCCCACUGUAAGGAAUAUAAAAACUUGAAUUCUUUCUUUGCUUUGAUUAUGGGACUAAGCAACGUUGCAGUGAGCCGCCUCACAAUGACCUGGGAGAAACUUCCAAGCAAGUUCAAGAAGAUCUAUGCAGAGUUUGAAAGCUUAAUGGACCCUUCAAGAAACCAUAGGGCUUACAGACUCACAGUUGCUAAACUGGAACCUCCUAUUAUUCCCUUUAUGCCUUUACUUAUCAAAGACAUGACGUUCACUCAUGAAGGCAACAAGACCUUUAUUGACAGUCUGGUGAACUUUGAAAAAAUGCGCAUGAUUUCAAAUACUAUUAGGACAGUGAAAUUUUGCCGGAGCCUGCCUUUCAGCCCUGAUGCAUCUCAAGCAAACAAGAACCAUCAGGAUGUCCGUAGUUAUGUACGUCAAUUAAGUGUGAUUGAUAACCAGAGGACUUUAUCACAGAUGUCACACCGUCUUGAACCACGGCGUACUUAAGUGUUUCUGGUGAUUAUACCUCCCUUUCUUUAUCCAAUACAAGGUCAUUCCUAAGAAUGCCACCUCUUCUUGCUACUGCAUUGCACUGCCACCGCAGAGAGAAGCCACAAUGAAUUCUAAAAUCUUUGGUCAUUAAUGCACAAUGUACCUGCCACCCAGGAAACAACAGGGAUGUUUGGCUGUUGAAGAGGACAUGAUCUGUAGCAGGGAGGUUGCCAAGAUUGUAUACUCAUCAUUCAUGUAAAAGUUUUGUAUAUAAUAGAAGUCUUUAUUUAAAAAUGGAGACAAUUCCAAAAGCUGGUAAGAAGAGAAUUUAAGAGAAAUGUAUGGAUGGGGUCCCUUGGCUAACAGAAGAAAUUAACAUGUUUUCUGGUCCACUACCAAAUUAAAUGCCCAAUGGGUUUGCAUGUUCAGCACACAUGGGUUUCAGUAGCAAAAAUCACUGGUGGCAGAAAAAAGGUACAGUGACCUCCUACCAUGGUUUUCAUAUUCAGAGAAUAGUUAAAAGCCUUUCACUGCAAGAGAAAUAUAUUUUUAAAAAGUCAACUCUUAACCACACUUGCCUUACAGCAGUAGAACAUUGUGGCCACUUCAGAAGCCCUAAGACUGGCUGAGUCCCUAAUACUUUGGUAUCUAUUCAUGUAGAUUUCACUUUUUUUUUUAGUUCUUUUUAAUUGCCAGUCAGGAUUUUACCCAAUGUCAGAAUAAAGUAAUGAGGUUUUGGACAACCGCAUUAAAAGCAGGUGGGGAGACACACAUUCAGAAAGAGCACAAUCUGCACAAUCUCUUCGAAGUAAUAUUUUCCUGGAUAUGGAAGUCUUUAAUAUCAGCUGUACUGUUGGCUGAUUUAAGUUGUAUUUCUAGAGUAAACUUUACAAAAUGUCUUCUAAUUUUCAGGAAUCAUUUUGCACUUUUAAAUGGGCAGUAUAUGAAAGUGUUAAUUUAUUUCUUUGUGUGUUAGGCAUUGUACCAUAAAAUUUAUUUUAUCUAUUUUAUUUAGCAUGUAAUUGAAGUACGAGUUUCUGUUUGCACUUGGUCUGUAUUUCAUGCUAACAAGGAGAUGGUUUAUGAUUUAUGUAAAUAAAAUGCACUACAUUAAAUAUA